UUCAGAAAGAAAAUUAUUAAACACUAGAUAGGCAUAUAUUUGCCUGUCCCAGAGUUCUGUUUGCAUUGAAACGUUUGUUGAACUAUAAGCUUUGGCUUGGGUUAAUUCUUAACAAUCUGUGUGUACCUUUAGUGCCUGGCAGUACACUGAAUUCAUAAACACAGUUGGAGCACAAAAUUAGAAUAAUGAUGAAUAAAGAACUAAUUAUUAUUUUAAUUUUUGCCACUGUUUAUUCAAGUGGGACAGCUGACCAAGGAAUUCAGUAUGCAAAAGAAAAAGUAUGUGAAGAGCUCCGACUCAUUGGAUCAAAUAACUUCAAAACAGUAGUGACAGCUGUAUACAGUCAGAAAUUUCCAAAUGGAACCUUUGAGGAAGUGAACUGUGUGGCUGAUGAAAUGGGUAAACUAGCAGAACGCUGCUGUCAAGAUGAUGCAAGUCUGGACUGUUAUGACAAAGGGGCCACUGAAAUUUCAGACAAGUCUUGUAGGAAGGAUUCACCAUUUCCCAAGCACCCAGGUAUUGAGCAGUGUUGCACUAUCCACGGAGAUGAGAGGAAACUGUGUUUGGCCAUGCUGCGUUAUUCAGCAGAUGAACUCCCGUCUCUGCUGGAGAACACACCUGAAGAGAUCUGUACUCUGUAUACUAAGGACCCCAGCAGCUACGCUCUGAGGUACGUUUACGAGUAUUCUCGGAGACACAGGACGAUCCCAGCAGGUUUUGUUCUCAACGUGACCCAAAGACACAUGAGGAUGGCAGAGAAUUGCUGUAAGCCCACUGUAUCAAAGCCCUGCUUUUUCAGAGAGAGGUAUCAAGAGAAUAGUUUGGCUAUUUUUCUGAAGUUUCUCUCCAACAUGUGUAACAAUGAAGUGAAUCUCAGAUCUCACAAAACUGGACUGACUGCCUAUUUCGGAAGCUUCCUGAGUGUACCAUUCGAAGAAGCAUUGGCUAUUUCAAAGCAGUUUCAGUCUGCACUUGCAAAAUGCUGUUUACAACCACAGCCUCAAUGUGUCAUUGAAGAGUUUAUAAGCUUUCAAAAGGUCCUCUGUAAGGACGAAGGCAACAAGUCUAAGGAACUGCAAAGAUGCUGCAGCAAAGCCCCUCUAGAUGCCAUCACCUGCAUGGAUAGUGUAAAAAGACAUCCUGUCACAUCCUCAGACGUUCCUCAGGUCCACUCAUCCCAACUCUGUGAAGAAACCCAUCCAGAUCGCACUGACAGGUAUUUGUUCCAGAUUGGGGUGAAACAUGUGUCAGUUUCAUUGCCAGUGCUUACAACCAUUCAGGAUCAUAUGAGAAGCACAGUGUCAGCCUGCUGCUCAGGCACUAAUGACACCACAGUAUGUUUAAAGGAAAGCAAAUUGGAGAAAGCAGCAGCGCUUUUUUCCGUGAUUGAUGACUUCUGCUUGCAGUAUUUUAAACUGGAGUUGCCUGCAUUCAAAACAAAGAUUCAGCAUGAAUUCCAGGGAGAUGAACUUAAGAGCCAAGCAUGGAUAGAUCUAACCACCAGUUGCUGCUUCCAGCAUUCUCCUGCACAGCUGUGCCAAAAACUGACUGAGGCGAUCAUUAAGUACGAGGAUGUCACUGCAGCUUGAACACUCACUGCUGGGUUUUGAACCAUGACAGACCCUGAGCAUAAUCGAAUGCAUAUCAUGAAUACAAAACCUUUAAUUAUUCUUUUUUUACCCCCCCCCCCCUCCACAAGAUUUAUGAUGUGAGCUCAGACACCCCCCCCCCACACACACACAAACAAAGUAACAGAUUUCAGAGUGCUUUGCCUGUGCUAGUAAUAAUUGAAGAAUAUCUAUCUAAAUGUCAGAUUUUUAGGUUAAUAUGUGAGAACAAUGAAUUAUAUAAUAAACAUCCUUAUGAUCUAAGGGGGGGGGGGGGGUUUGAAUUAUUAUUAUUUUUAUUUUUUUUCAAGUGUUGUAGGUGAUUUAAUUGUCAUUUAUCUUUAACAUGUUUUAAUCUCACAUUUAAAGGAUUAUAUUUAGGGCAAAGAAAAAAAUGUGAAAAUAAUGAUAGGGGUCACUUACUAAAUACUACAUCAGUGUACUUUAACGUUUUGCUCCAAGAUUUAGGCAUUUUAUUUAAGAAAUUUGUUGAGGACAAUAUAUAAAAAAAAUAGAAAAAGAAAAAAAUGUUUUAAGGUAAUAUUUGAGCAUUAUGACGAAGCGUAAGGGUUAGUGAAAUUCCAUAUUAUUUAUAUUUUAGCAAACUGAUCUUUCACAGUUUCUGCAGUUUCUUUAUAAUAAAACAUAUUCAUUGCAUGAGAUUUGUUUCUACAACAUCAUCUUCUCCUGGAGAUCAUAUAGAUCUGGGUAAUGGGACAAGAUGUUAAUGCUGUGAAAUAUGAAGUUGUGCAAGAUUGAUUGUUGAACACUAGAUGGCGCCAUCGUAUCAAUUUGAAAAGUAAGCUGAUCAUUGAAAAACAAGUCUCACGUUUAUAUACUGUAAAUAUAGUUAAUAAUAAUAAUAAUAAUAAUAAUAAUAUAAAUAUAAUAAUAAUACUAAUACUACUACUAAUGAUGAUACUAAUACUACUACUAAUGAUGAUGAUGAUGAUAAUAAUAAUAAUAAUUAUAAUUAUAAUAAUAAUACUGCUAAUAAUAUAAAUAUUAUUAUUAUUGUUAAUAAUAAUAAUAUAAAUACUAAUACUACUAUUACUACUACUACUAAUAAUAAUAUAAGCAAAUAUAAAAUGUGUUUAUUUUUUUAUUAUUACUAUCACUAUUAUUAUUAUUAUUAUUAUUAUUAUAAUUACUAUCACUAUUAUUAUUAUUAUUAUUAUUAUUUUGUUGUUGUUGUUGUUGUUGAUUUCGCUUUCAGCGUUGUCUACGAAGAUAUUUCAAAUCCACAGAACCUGCAUUCAGUUAUGAGCUACAGCAUGAAAGGCUUGAACUCACUGAGAAGCUAAAAUGACUAACUUUGCAGCAUGGUAUUUUUUAUGUUCCUGUUGUUCAGUUAUUCCAAUAAAUGAAUAAAUAAAUAAAUAAAUAAAUAAAUAAAUAAAUAAAUAAAUAAAUAAACUAUCCCUGAAAUUGA